AUGCGAGGUUCGAACCAUGCAAGACCACGCAGAGGAGAGAGAGAGGGAGGAUCAAACGGAGAGCUUUUAGAGAGAGAGAGAGAGAGAGAGAGGGAGAGAGAAAAAAGUUAGCAAGGGAAAAAAUAAUACUAUAGUAGGAGUAGUUCAGUUGAAAGGCUGAUCCUAGGUUGAUGCCGUCUAAAUCUCGGCAAUGUCGCUGAACGAAUCCCCGACCCGACCCAUUUGAAUUGUAUGCCUAACCCACGCGCCCUUUCUUGAAUUCUCUCUCUCACUCACUCAUCAUCCUCCCACAUCGAUCAUCGCUCCCAAACCCUCGUCCCACAAUCCAAACGCAAAAUUCAAUUCCGCACGAUACCAUCACCAGAAUUGGAAUUGCUUUUUCCACAAUCCACGACAGCAUGGUUGAGCUAAAAAGAGAGAAGCAGAGAAACCAAGAAUUGAGAUUGAAUACUUCGUGAGGGAUCGUAUCGGUGGUGACGAUUGACAUUUCGGUGAGGUUUUGUGGGUGAUCAAAUCUUGGUUCGGGUUUGUAAAGUCAUAUAGGUACUUCCACUCUUUCAGUGUAUAUAAAAUUGGUUUGAUUUGCUUUGGGUUCUGUGCGUGCCAGUAAUUGAAAAUUUCUUACUCUUCUUUUAUUGCAAAGUGCUGCAAAAGUUGAAAAAAAAUAAAAUAAUGAAAGAAAUACCUACAUUGUUUGGCUUUGAAAAGUGGGGAACUGGAAGUUUUCUUGCAAUCCGAGUUUGAUAUUCGGUAAUCUUUUAGGCUCCCAGAAAUUGGAAAGGUUCUGAGUGGGCUAGAAAAGUAAUGGAGAUGUCGUUAACUGGUAUGGCAAGAAGUUGAAGUAUUGGUCAUAUUGGACAUUUAGUUUGAAUGCGACUGGCGAAGAAGAGCAAGAGUCUCAAGGCUCAAAGUUGCUGUUAUGAUGCAGCUAAACAAGGAGGCACGCGGUCUGUCUGGCGGGAUGAUCAAUCAAGAACCAACUUCUGUCAUUUCAAAAGAUGGGGCUUUGGCAGAGAAGAAAAUAAACCGCAACAUAGCUGUACAGGACGAUGAGGAUUUUUCUAGGGAGUUUCCUCCGGAUCGUCUUACUCCGAGAAAAGUUUCUGAUAUGACCGACAUGCCUCAAAACCAUGAGAAGAGAGUUGGAUCCAAUAAGAAUCCCAACAGUCAUCUGGGAUAUGAGGAAAUUACCAAGAUUCUUGGUUUGCAGAGGAUGGACUCAGACUGUUGUUCCGAUAUGCCAGAGUUUGCUUCUGCAAAAGGGUCUAUUGCAGAGGUUGAGAAUGGGGCUUAUCUGAAUCAGCCAAAUGGAUACCAGAAGGAAAAUAACGGUUCUGGACAUGGGCCAACGAGGGGUACCGGAGAAAUAACCUAUGACACCGCUGUUGUUAGUCCAAGUGCUCAAUUGAUAAAUGGAUUUGAAUCCACUCAAUUCUCCCAACCUUAUGGAUUGGGGUUUUUGGACGGUUCACAAUCUGGCAAGAUGAAGGUCCUUUGCAGCUUUGGUGGAAAAAUCUUGCCUAGGCCAAGUGAUGGGAAACUUAGAUAUGUUGGGGGAGAAACUCGUAUCGUUUCCAUACGGUAUAGUGAUCUGUGGGAAGAACUUGUCGGAAAGACAUUGGGAAUUUGCAAGCAACCUCACAUAAUCAAGUACCAGCUUCCUGGUGAAGACCUUGAUUCCCUUAUAUCCGUUUCCUCCAACGAGGAUCUUCAGAAUAUGAUGGAGGAAUACCAAGGCCUUGAAAAGCUUGGGGGUUCUCAACGGCUAAGGAUGUUUUUGAUUCCUUUGAGUGAGUCUGAAAAUUCAUUUGCUCUCGAUACAAAUGGUAUUCAGAAGAGCAACCCCGAUUACGAAUAUGUUGUUGCAGUCAAUGGCAUAGUUGGCCCUAACCAGUGGAGAAGUAGCGAGCAGGUUUUGGAAAAUGGCACGAGUCGGUUAAAAACUAGUUUGGAAGACAAGGAAAGCAUUGGUGAUACGAAUUCUACUAAGAAUGUUUAUGAAUCCCAAAAUCCAGUCCGGUCUCCCAUUCAAUCUGAUCCCUUCUCUCUGGUGCAAGGUCUUCAGGGAGAUUCAAAAAGUGGUUACACCCAAAUUUAUCCAGAUAACUUAUUAUCUGGUAGCACGGAAAGCAACAGCUCAUUCAGGACUGCUCAACUACCACAUGAAAACUCUAGCAUUGAUGAGGCUACUUAUUACUACCCCAUGCAUGGAGCAGAAAUUUUAGUAAACCAUCAUCUUCCUGAUAAAAUUGAUAAUACCAGACAGCCAAGUAAGCCAGGUGGAGUGCACUUUCAAAACCGAAUUCCCGGAAGAGAAUUUUUUCUUCCUCCUAGCCUUGAUCAAAAUAGUAGCACUGUUGAUGAAUACUCUUGUGAGAGGCCAAUGCUAAAGGAAAGGGCAUUUCAUUCUGAAAAGUUUGAAGAUCCUACUGGUCUGUUGUCAGGAUCUGGUGAUUCUGUUGGUUCUCAACUUGUAAUGCCACAUGCGUUCUCUGAUUCAAAGCUGCAGGAAUAUGGAAGGAGGUCUUCUUACUGCUCACAAGAAGGAAUGAGCCCAUCUCCCCCCUUGAGCUUCACAAAACCACAAUUGUCUCCACUUGUUUCAGCUGCUUUGCAAGAGCCACUGCGGCCCGAGAAUAUUGAUCCUGUCAAUCCUCAGUUCCAACUUAAGUUGCUGGAUGUGGAGCCUACAGUCUCUCGCAAAGGAAUAGAGUUGCCCAAUUGCUCCAUAGGCUUGGAACCGUUGAGCAGGAAUGAUUAUUCUCGAGCGGAUGUGGGUGAUAAUGAUGAAAAGUAUCGACCAAUGAAAGAUGUAAAGUCAAAAAUGUUCCAAAACCAUGUUGAUGACAAUCGUUUAAGUUGGGAAAUGUUGAACAAAUUCGAUGAAAAGGACCCCUUUUUACAUGGGGAUGGAAAGCUUUCUAAGAGCAGGCCACCUGCUAUUUCCAUUCUUAAUAGUAAUACUCCACGGCAAGAGUUACAGGUAUCUGGGGGCAUGAUUUCUGAAUCGUCGGGCAUUGAUUUGAAACCUUUUGCAGAUAAAGUAAUGGAAAGGCCCCAGAACAUUCAACAGGAGAAGGCCCCAGAUGAUCUUAUGGCUGAAGGCCAAAGAAUCGCCAAAGAUCAACAUCAUGUUUCAACUGCAGUAACAGAUGGUGAAGUUGGAAUUGGCAUACCAUGGCCCAACAACUUGGAAGUUUCAGGCCUGUUUCCAGUUUACCAACAACCCAUGGAUGAAAAUUCUCUGGCUGAUUUACUCUAUGGUUUAAAAGACAGCCUAGUUUCUCAUGAAUCCUCAAAUCCUUACCCAUCUGCGGCUUUUGAUAAUGCUUCUAUGGGGGAAAAUUCACAUAUUUUUCAUACAAAGCAGAAUACAAUCCAGAAACCUGGUUUUAGGAGAGAAGUAUCUCUAAUUGAUGAUGAUUUCGUGAAUUACCCUGAUCAGACAGUUGCGAAGUCAGACAUUCUGGGAUGCCCUGAAGACAAGGAAAUGCCAGAAAAAAUUUCACCUAAUGUGUGUUAUGAGCAAAAUAUGCUGGAUCCCAUGAUUUUUGUUGAACAGGCGGCUGAUAGCUUAUUUCCCGGAAUGGAUACUUUCUCCGCAACUGUCCCUCAUGCAGUGGAUGCAACUGGUGGAGCAAUUCUAUCUUCCAAUGUUGCGGAGCAUGAAAGCAUACUUGAAGAGUCCGACCCUGAGAGUGACAAAGGUGGUGAUGGAGAUAAGGGUGAAUCGAUUACUGAUGCAGUGAUAGCUGAAUUUGAAGCUGACAUUUAUGGUUUGCAGAUUAUAAAGAAUGCUGAUCUUGAAGAACUGCGAGAGUUAGGAUCUGGUACAUAUGGAACUGUUUAUCAUGGGAAGUGGCGAGGAUCAGAUGUUGCUAUCAAGAGAAUUAGAAGUAGCUGCUUUUCUGGGAGAUCAUCAGAGCAAGAACGGUUGACCAGAGACUUCUGGAGAGAGGCACGCAUCCUUUCUAAUCUUCAUCAUCCCAAUGUGGUUGCUUUUUAUGGGGUGGUACCAGACGCCGCUGGGGGAACCUUGGCAACUGUAACUGAAUUUAUGGCAAAUGGCUCACUAAGGAAUGUCCUAGUUAAGAAGGAUAGAUCACUUGAUCGCCGCAGGAAGCUUAUUGUUGCCAUGGAUGCAGCUUUUGGCAUGGAAUACUUGCAUUUAAAAAAUAUCGUCCAUUUCGAUCUUAAAUGUGACAAUCUACUAGUCAAUCUGAGGGAUCCACAACGACCCAUAUGCAAGGUUGGAGACUUUGGACUGUCCAGAAUAAAGCGCAAUACUCUAGUUUCUGGUGGUGUGCGAGGAACCCUCCCUUGGAUGGCACCAGAAUUGUUGAAUGGUAGCAGCAGCCGGGUUUCUGAGAAGGUUGAUGUAUUUUCAUUCGGCAUUACCCUGUGGGAGAUCCUAACAGGAGAGGAACCUUACGCAAAUAUGCAUUGUGGGGCAAUUAUUGGGGGAAUUUUGAAGAAUACUCUUCGGCCCCCUAUUCCUGAAAGGUGUGAUCCGGAGUGGAGGAAACUGAUAGAAGAGUGUUGGUCAACUGACGCUGAAGCACGACCCUCAUUUACAGAGAUUACAAACAGGUUGCGAUCUAUGUCUAUGGCAGCCCAAGGAAAGGGACAAAGUAAUCAAGCAAGAUAGAUGAGGCCUGGUAUCUCCAUGUAAAUUGCUAGAGUUGUAUUUAGUUUUGGUGUUCUUCUUCUUCUUCUUCUUCUUUUGGUGUGUAAUUAAUCUAGCUUUUCCAUUUAUUAAUUCUUUUGCAAAUAGAGAAAGGCUCACGGGCACGGUAUUGUUAGGUUAUGAACAUGCCAUCUACGGUCUACGGUUUUAGUGAUCAAUUUGCUGUGGAUGUUUUUGUAUAUGUGAACACACCAAGUAAUGGGAAUUUUGUUUGGUUUUUGUGAUUUCUC